AUGGUGGAGAGUACUCCGAACCGCCCAAAAACUGAAAAAGAGUUGAAAAAGGAAGCAGAGAAGGCUGCGAAGCUGGCAAAGUUCGAGGAGAAACAGAAGAAGCUGGCCGAACAGAAGGCCGCCGCCACGGCGAAGCCAGCCAAGGAGGUAAGCGCUGAAAAUGAAGUUCUGUCGAGAAUUGUAGUUAAAAUAUGAAUUUUCCAGUUAAAAGCUAAGAAGGAGCCUGUUGCCAAUGUCACGCCGGUCGACAAUACUGUUGCAGGCGAGAAGAAAGGUUAGUUUUUGUUUCAGAGCGUUUUUUCAACUAAAUUUUUUUGUUUUCAGAUAUUGCCGCCGAGCUCCCGUCUGCGUACUGCCCCAGCUACGUCGAGUCGGCGUGGUAUUCGUGGUGGGAGAAGCAGGGGUUCUUCAAGCCCGAAUACAUCGACAAGCUUCACCCGAACUCGAACCCCAGGUCGUUCACCAUCUGCAUUCCGCCGCCGAACGUCACAGGAACCCUUCACGUCGGACAUGCGCUCGCCACGACCGUCGAGGACACGAUCACUCGUUUCAACAGAAUGCACGGCAAGAGAACGCUUUUCAAUCCCGGAUGCGAUCACGCCGGAAUCGCCACGCAGGUCGUCGUUGAGAAGAGAUUGAAAAGAGAGCGAGGACUUACGAGACACGAUUUGGGCAGAGACCGCUUCAACCAAGAGGUGUGGCACUGGAAGAACGAGAAGGGAGACGUGAUCUACGAUCAAUUCCGGAAACUCGGAGCCUCCGUCGACUGGGAUCGUGCCGUGUUCACCAUGGAUCCGAAGAUGUGCCGCGCGGUCACUGAAGCAUUCAUCAGAAUGCACGAAACAGGGACCAUCUACCGCUCGAACCGCCUCGUCAACUGGAGUUGCGCUCUUCGUUCUGCCAUCUCCGAUAUCGAGGUCGAUAAGAAGGAGCUGACCGGAAGCACGCUCAUCGCCGUCCCCGGAUACGAUCAGAAGAUCGAGUUCGGAGUGCUCAACUCGUUUGCCUACAAAAUUCAGGGAUCUGAGGAGGAGAUCGUCGUUUCCACGACUCGUAUUGAGACGAUGCUCGGAGAUUCCGGAAUCGCCGUUCAUCCGGACGAUCAACGGUACAAGCAUCUCGUCGGAAAGAAGUGUAUUCAUCCGUUUAUUCCAUCCCGCGAACUUCCGAUCUUCGCGGAUUCCUUUGUUGAAAUGGAGUUUGGAACCGGAGCUGUGAAGAUUACUCCAGCCCACGAUCACAACGAUUACGAGGUCGGAAUCCGUCAGAACCUUCCGUUCCACAACUGCAUAACCGACGAUGGAGCCAUCUCCGCCGGUUGCGGACAGUUCUCCGGAAUGAAGCGAUUUGAAGCGAGAGCCGCCGUCAUCGAAGCGCUGAAAGAGAAGGGAUUGUAUCGCGGAAAGGAGGAUAAUCCGAUGGUCGUGCCCACGUGCUCCCGUUCCAAGGACGUCAUCGAGCCGAUUCUGAAGCCGCAGUGGUACGUCAAGUGCACACAUAUGGCCGAGAAGGCAGUCGCGGCGGUGGCCAGCGGAGAGCUUCAAAUCAUUCCGGAAUUCCACAAAGCUACCUGGAACCGAUGGCUCGAGUCGAGCAGAGAUUGGUGCAUUUCCCGGCAGCUCUGGUGGGGACACCGCAUUCCCGCCUAUUUCGUCACUUUCUCCGAUGGAAGGGCUCAACCGCUGUCCGAAGAAGAGUACUGGAUUUCGGCCAGAACUGAGCAGGAGGCUCGUGAGAAGGCCGCCAAGAAGUUCGAUGUUGCGCAGGAGAUUGUCCAGCUGAAAUGGGACGAGGACGUGCUCGACACGUGGUUCUCCUCUGGAAUGUGGCCGUUCGCCGUGUUUGGAUGGCCAGAGAAGACCAGAGACAUGGAUUUGUUCUUUCCGUCGGCCGUCCUGGAGACCGGUCACGAUAUUCUCUUCUUCUGGGUCGCCAGAAUGGUCUUCAUGGCCCAAGAGCUCACCGGAAAGCUUCCGUUCAAGGAGAUCCUUCUGCACGCGAUGAUCCGCGACGCGCACGGACGCAAAAUGUCGAAAUCUCUCGGAAACGUCAUUGAUCCGCUGGAUGUGAUCAGAGGAGUCACACUGGAAGGACUUCAGGAGCAGCUUCUCUCUGGAAACCUCGACGAAAAGGAGAUCGCGGUGGCGAAGGCCGGACAGGCCAGAGAUUAUCCGGACGGAAUCCCAGAAUGUGGAGUCGACGCACUUCGCUUCGCUCUUCUCGCCUACACCUCCCAGGGAAGGGAUAUCAAUUUGGAUGUGCUCAGAGUCCAGGGCUACCGAUUCUUCUGCAACAAAAUCUGGCAGGCGGUGCGAUUCACGCUCAACCAGUUCAACGAGAAGGCCGACCAGAAGCCCGCUUUCAAGAUCGACAUUUCCAAGGCGUCGCCGACUGACAAAUGGAUUCUCUCGAAACUCGCCGGCGCUGUGAAGGAGACCAACGAAGGCCUGAAGGUCUACAACUUCACUCAGGCCACCACUGUCACCUACAACUUCUGGCUCUACGACUUCUGCGACGUAUACAUCGAGGCCAUCAAGCCGGUUUUGUACGGAGGUGACGCCGCCGCCCGUCAAGUCGCUCUUUCGGUGCUCUAUUUGUGCGUCGACACCGGACUCCGACUCAUUUCUCCGCUGAUGCCGUUCAUCUCCGAAGAGCUCUGGCAACGUCUUCCGCGUCUCGCUGACGCCGACUACUCGGCUCCGUCGGUCACUGUUGCCCAGUACCCCAUUGCGGAGAAGUAUGCACAGUAUUUGGACGAGAAGCUCGAGGCAUCGUUCGAAUUCGCCAAAGAAGUCGUCGGAAAGGUGCGAUCGCUCAGAGCCGACUACGAUUUGACAGCCAGAACCAAGAUUAGCAGUAAGUUUUAGUUCUCUUGGCAUAAUUUUUUGCUUUUCUCCAUUUCAUUUCGUAAAAUCGCUUUUUUCCAGUUCAAAUUCUCGCUGAAACUGCUGAAGAUCAGAAGAUGCUCAAUGAUCUGUCAGAUUUGAUUGCCACGUUAACAUGGAGCAAAAGUGUAAGACAAAUUACAUUCGUGUGAAUUCAACUGCAUCUUUAUAUUUUUCAGGUAUCCAUCCUCGAACAGAAUGAGAAGAGCCAAGUGGAGAAGGGAUCGGCCCAUAUUGCGUGUGGAGGCAGGUGUCAAGCCUACAUCAAUCUCACUGGGAUCAUCGACAUUGCCAAAGAGGUAUCCGACUUUUGGUUGUUUUUAAAACUCGACAUAUCAAUUUCAGAUCGAAAAGCUCGGAGCCAAGCUGGAAAAGAAUGAAAUUUCAGUGAAGAAGAUCGCUGAAUUGCAAGCCAGCGCCGACUACGAAACGAAAGUUCCUUCCGGAAUUCGUGCUCGCGAUCAGGAGAAGAAGACGUCGCUGGAGAAGGAGAUUGACAAUAUCACCGCCGCGAUUUCCCAGCUGAAGGCUCUCAAUUAA